CAAAUGCCGAUUUGUCCGUGGCCGAGGGAUUCCCUGACUGACUCUGCUAGACGAGAGAAUUACCGCACAAAAGAAAACCGACAUUUGAGAUUACACAGAGCCCGGCUGCUCGUCGCAAUCGUCGGCAUUGCAUUUUGUCUUUUGAGUCUUCGCCGACAUAGUCAGUGGUUGGUAACCUUCUUACCCGAGUAUGGGCCGAGUAGCAGUCGACUCCCCACCACUGCGGCCAGUCAACUCUGACUGAAUCGGUGAGAAGAGAGUUUGAGCAGUUGGUGGUCGGUAGUCGAGGCGUAGAGCCCGAGAAGAGAAGACAAAUUAAAAUUGAAGGCUCAGGCUGUGCUAGCUGCCAGAGUAAAGUGAAUAAGAGAAAAAAAGAGAAGAGUAAGGGAAGAAGGAAGUAAAAGUGAUAGAAACUAUUGUCAUUGCUUCUGUGUGAAAUUGUGUGUGCGAGGAAAGCCGUCGCUUUCCUCUCAAUUAACUUAAAACAUCAUCCAAGGACCACAAGCAUAAAGCAUUUUUGGAAUAUGGAUUACACAUUAACAUUAAGUGGAUAAAGUUGUGUUCUGAAGGUUUUCACUUUUUUUGUGUGAAGAAACUCCCAAAAAAUCGUCUGAAGGCGAAAGGAAGAGCAUAAAGAGAAGAAAAAAAAAAGUGAAGACAGUGUGGUAUUCGUGAAGACUGAGCUGAAAGAACGAUAUCUAGGAAAAAGAAAAGUCCCCAAACUCGAAAUAGUGUUUUAAAAGAAAAUAAAACAAAGUUCUGACGGAUUAAAAAAGAAAAGUUAGGAAUCACUCAUAUAUACAACACCCUCUUUUUGAACGAAGACUGAGUUCUUGCAGCCAAUGCCCUUUUCUACUUCAUCUGUACAUAGAUAUAUUUGGAUUAAUGUUCCUGUUACUUGAAUUACGCUAGGAUUAAAAGAAAAUACUGACUAGUAAUAAUCUAAAUUAGCAGCAAACAAAGAGAUAAAUAAACACAAGUUUAAUAGAAUCGUGUUCGAAAACUACACAAGUUAGGAUAACGAAUUUACUAAAAGAAAAAAAAAAAGAAAAGUGUGUAUUUAGUGCAAAGAUAAAAAAGUAAACCACGCAUCUAAGUCAAGCUGAAAAGGAAUCAAGGAUUUACGCCACCAACUCUGAUAACUUCCGUUUCAUCGCAUAUCGUCUCAAAAAAAUUGUUGGAUUUAAUGCAACCCACAUUGCGUACACCAUCUUCACACAUCACUUACUGGAUUAUAAAUUGAAGGAAAGAGCGUAUUAGUGCCAACUUUUUUUGUAAUUAAUGCAAAGAGUUUGCAAAACAAGAAAACAAAGAAGCGAAUAAUGGAAUAAUCGCACGGAAAGAUUUUUUUUUGUAAGAAAAAAAGAAAAGAAGCGAGUUUAAAUAAGUGUGCUUAAUGUCGUUUAAAAAUAUACUAAAAGUGUAGCGAGAUAGCAAAGGAAGCGUUUAGUAAAAAGAAAAUAAGCCCAGAGGAAGUUUGUUUAUUGAGAAGGAGAAAGGAAAAGCUCUGUGUGAUCUGGAGAUAUCAGGCAACAGAGUUAGUUGGUGGAAUAAGUGAAGUCAAGUGAUUUUUUGUUCUGUCGGGAAAGUAAAAAAAGAAAACGAAGGAAAUAUGGCAAUGGCGGCAUGCUAUGGGAACUACGACCUCAGUGGGCAGGGAGUGUCGCAGCACCAUCAGCAGCAACAGCAACAGACCCACCAGUCCACGAGGCUCUCAGGUGGUCCACCGCCACCACAGAAGGACUACAGUAUACCACUCCAUGUGGACUGCAGUGUGGAGUAUGAAUUGCCGAAUGCAGCAAAACCACCAGCUGGUGCACGGGUGGAGCCACUACUGAUGAUCCAUCCGUGCUAUUUUCGCAAGAUGGAAAGCCAGCGACGUAGUCCCUUCAUUAAUAACAUGCCAAAUUCAUCGCGGAACGCCACCACGGCCGCCGGGUCUGUGAUCACCGGUACGGCUCCUGCCGUUGCCGCAGCCACUGUAACACGGAGAUCCACAAGGACGUCUCAGGUGUCACAGCACCAUCACACCCAGCAGCAUCAUCACAGCCAGCAGCAGCACUUGCAGCAUCAAUUGGCGCAGCAAAUACAGCAGCAGCAAAUGUCACAGAUGUCACAGCAGGCACAGUAUCCGGUGGCGAGUAAUGGUCAGCAAGCGGGUACAGCUGCAAAUUCCCAGUACAUUGAACAGGCCCGCCGGGCCGUCAUACACAGUCACACCGGGCAGCAGCAGCAGCAAACAAGUCAGCAACAGCAGCAGCCCCAAGUACAGAAUGGGGGUGCUGCGACGUCGUGGAAUCACAUGACAACAGUGGCAUCCACGGCGUCCAUGUCCGGCUUAGUUGGCAUACCCGGGUCCGUGAACAUGACGGGCCAGUCGAUGUACAGUAAACCAGUUGGGAAGAGGGAUGCUAUGCUAUCCGGCGGCUGUGGUAUGUACAGUUCCGCCACUAAUGAUAACCUCACGUCCGGCAGAUGGGAACCCGAACGGAGCCCCAUGGCUGCCAUACCGCGGGACUACCAGGCCGGUCCCGAUGCCACCCCCGUCAUUGCCCCGCGUAACGACGACAAGCACAUUCUCAGUGGCAAAUACAGACAAUACUUGAGAGCACAUCGACUGCACCCCUACAUGAUGGCCACCGGCUCGGUCAGCUCGUCCUUUCCGCAGCUGACCGCUUCAGCAUUCCCCCAAAUGCAGCAAGUGACGUGCUAUAAUGUGUGAUCUUAGUAAGACCCAAAAUCUCUUUACUAAUACUAAAAAAAAAAAUAUGAAAAUAAGAAAAAAACAAACCCUUAUAACAUGAAAGUAAAAAAAAACAUAAGAAUGAAUGAAAACUGGACUACUACUAAAAAUCUAUAUAUAAAAAACCCUACAUAUAAAUAAAAAAUAUUUAAUGAAAAAAAAUAUGCAUAAGAGGCGGAAAGAGAGCAAAAGAGUAGAUGCAAGAUAAAAGAGAUGAGUUUUAAGCAAAGUAAAAAAAAGGAAAAAAUAAAAAUGAAGUAAAUGAUGAUGAAAAAAUUGAUGAAAAACCACAUAAAAAAUUUCAAACAAAAAAUAAUUAAGUAGAAUAUGAAACUAUAUAUCUUUCAAGGAAAAAAAAACAUAUAUUAUAUAUGAUUAUGAUUAUAUAGACCGCGACAAAAAUCUGUUUUUAUUUGUGUCUUACAUGAAGCAACCUUUCCGUUGCAUUUAAAUGUGAUAGUAGAUUAAUUAAUUCCAAUCAUUGAAAAUUCAUUAAAAAGAAAAUUGAUUAAUUGCUAGUGACUUGUCAAUGCUGAAAAUACACACGAUUUACAGAUGAAAAACAAAAAUAACUGACGAAAGGUAAUGAAAAAUAAAUUUGCAUUCAGAACGGUCAGAAUAGUAAAAAAAAACAAGAUAAAAAAAAAGAAAACCCUCCCCGAUAAUUUUUUUCUUUUAAAUUUUCUUUCUUGUGAGAAUAGCUCAACACAUCCCCCGCCCCCCUCGUAACACAGAUGCAAAGUUAUAGAAUAAACUUUGAGAUUUAUUCGUACAUAGAACACACCCUUUUGUCAAAUGAAAAUUGUGUUAUUUAAUUUUUUUCCUUCAUUUUUUGUAAUAAUGGAAAAUACAAGAAAAAAAAAGUAUGACAUAGUGCAGAGAGGAUGAAGAGAAAAAAAAUUCUUAUCAUGUCCAAAGAUGAUAAUUUAACUGUGAGAAAAGUGAAAAUAAAUAUAAAAGUUGAUGUAUUUAACGUCAUCCAAUAA